AUUCAAAAAAUCGGACAUUAGGGAAUAAGAUGGUGGCAAUGAUCGGAGGUGGAAAUUCAUCAUUAUGUGAGGACUUACUUAAAUAUUACCUGGCACCAGCCGAAGCCGACAUGUGUUCUCCAAAACCUUGUUCGAUUGGGCAGAUAUAUCAACCGUCAGUCAAAAAUCGAAAGUUCUUCACCUUUGGCCUGAUUUACUACUUAGCUAUGGACUUCAAAAUUCUUACGAUACCUGGAAUUUUGAAUCUUAAACAAAUGCAAAAUACGGUCAGGGAAUAUUGUGAAAAGAGCUACGAACAUGCAACGACGGUGUUGGGAAUGUCUGAAGAGUACGCCUCUAGAAACUGCCAGGACGGACUCUACAUCCCAUUGUUGUUCUCUGCAGUUGGUCUAGACAUUGACAAUGUUUUUGCAGCCAAAGACAUGCAAGGUUCCUCAGUCGCAUGGAGUCUUGGCGGAAUACUGUAUGAAGAAGAAAGAAACAGAUAUAGAAAUACAGCUGUAGAAAUUGUCUUCAAACACGGUUGA